UCCGUGGAGGGAAGACGUAUCGUUCCUGAGCUCCAAGUGUUGGCGUCCUUCAAACCUCCCUUCCCAGCCCUCACCACCUCCUGCCAUGACCGCACCAGAGUACGUGAAGAACAAGCGGCCGAGUGUGUGGGUCCCGAGACAACUUGCCGUGCUUGUAACACACUAACUAGCAAACUUGGAACUUCUUUCGACCGCCUCUUGUAAAACUCGCAAAGAACAGUGAGGAUAAGAACCACGACACAUUGCACUUCUCAGAAACUCGUCAACUUAACCCUGAAACUAAAGAUAGAAACGCACUGCUCUUAACCUUCAGCAAAACGCUUCGCUAUUCUUUUCCCCUUCGUCAGGACGCAGAAGGAGGAAGAGGAGAGCACUGAAGGAAGGUGUCAGUCAGUGUUAAAGGGUCCAGUAUCACCUCCACAUCCGCCUCUCUCUCUGCUACACAGAUCCUCCUUAUCCCGUCACCCCUUCACGCCCCAAACACAAGACAACAGGACAGGAAGCGGGGGUGAUGGUUCGCGGGCUCCUGAGUCUCGCCCUCGUGCUGGCAACAGUGGGGUUGGCGGCUUCAGACACCCUGCCUCGCCUCUUCCCUUCAACCGUGUCCUUCAUUCCUUCCUCUGCCUCCUCCUCUUCCUUGCGGCGCUCCCACAGAUCCCAUCAUCGUAGCCAUUUCAAUAAGUACCGUCAUUCCUCACCGUUCAAUAGUUAUGCUUACUAUCAGCAUUCCAAAUAUUACCAAUCCACCGCCGCCAAAACGUACCCUUCCUAUCCUGGCUCCUAUUCCCCCUCUAAAUCUCUGCCUUCGAACACUUAUGAAGCAUCUAACAACCAAUUGGCUCCCUCAUCGUCCCACCUCACGCCGCAGCCUCUCCCGAUGAUGGUGAAGACUGCGAGGUUCGUGGUCGUCUCUGAGGGGAUGUACGACCAUGACCACCACGUCCACGCCCACGAGAAGAUGAAAGAGGAGAAGGAGGUGGUGCUAGGGCCUCAUUUCGCUGGUGGAAACACUACCUCAACACGUGUCUUUCUUGGCAACACUGUCACUCUGGAUUGCACUGUGCACGACCUAACCAAUGAGUCGGUGUCGUGGAUGCGCAGCAGAGAUGAUAUGCUGGAACUUAUUACCUGGGACAGCAAUACAUACGCUAAGGAUGACAGGUACUCAUUGGUGAGGGAACAAGGCAAGAAGUGGAGGCGCUGGCAGCUGGUCAUACGCAAUACACGCGCAGAUGAUCAGGGCCAGUACAGAUGCCAGGUGGCGACUCAACCCCCUCUCAUACUGGUGGUGAAUCUCAACGUGACAGUCCCCGUGGCGCGCGUGGUGGACGAGAGGGGAACUAAGGUGCAGGAGAAGCAUUACAACAGCGGCAGCAUGAUUGAAUUGAAGUGUAUUGUGGACCAGGUGCCUUUCCCUCACGGCCCCGUCACCUGGAGGAGAGGAACCACCAUUCUCACCUACAACACUUCAAGGGGCGGCAUCAGCGUGAAGGGCAACGAGGCGGGAGGGUACAUAAGGAGUCGCCUCUACGUAGCUGACGCCACACCCCAUGACUCCGGGUUCUACUCCUGCUGGUACAAGAACAUCACCAGCGACACUGUCACCGUCCAUGUCAUAGCAGGAGAGAACUCAGCUGCCAUGCAGCAUGACGGCCUUCCUGGGUCAGGGGGAAACGUUAGCGGGGGUCCCUCAUCCCUGAAGCCCUCCCUAGCCCUGCCCUUCUUCCUCGCCUUCUUCACUGUGGCCACCUGGGUGCUCUCCUGCGCCUCCUCCGUCACCACAGGGACAAACACCUCCGUCAGUAGUGAAUGGUCUGCUGAAGGGAUCACAUGGAGGAAACAACAGGAGGAGGAG